CCCGGAAGAAUUGGCCCCCUUUUUCUUCUCUCCUCUCCUCUCGAUUGAGCGUUUGAACGGGACAAGAAUGAGCGAUCCGUCCCGCGGAGAGAAGACGACCAGACGCGGUGCCGCCGCCGCCGUACACCCGUCGGGGCUCACAUCCGCGUCUUAGACCUUUUUCGGCGGCUCGACGUGCGGCGAAAGGCGUCCGUCCGGGUGCGAGCAGCGACGCCCCUGAAAAAACACCCCUCGCCCUGCUUACAAAUCGGCUGGAAGGAAUUGUUUCCCCGCAGUGUGUGAUUAGACAACCGUGCGGUUCUGUGCGUGUGUGUGUGUGUGUCGUACAGCCGGAAGAAGUAAAAAAAAAAAAAAAAAAAAAAGAUAGAAAAAAAAAAAAACAUGGCUGAACUGCAUGUUGUGGAGCCGAGCGGGACCAUCGAGCAGCCGGAGCACCGCGACGUUCGCGGCUCUCUGCGCCUCGCUUCGCCCACACUCAUGGUCCCGCCGCGGAGCAGCCAGCUCAGCCCCGGCGGGGUGUCGAGCGGCGGCGGCGGGCGCUCCGUGUUCGGGUUCCCGGCGAAGAGCAACGCGGGCUCCCCGGCCGAACCGGCGGAAAAGCCCGGUUCGCGCUGGGUUCGGCUGAACGUCGGCGGCACGUACUUCGUCACCACCAAACAGACGCUGUGUCGCGACCCGAAGUCGUUCCUGUUCCGGCUGUGUCAAGAGGAUCCCGAUCUGGACUCCGACAAGGACGAGACCGGCGCCUUCCUGAUCGACCGGGACCCCACGUACUUCGGCCCCAUCCUCAACUACCUCCGGCACGGGAAGCUGAUCAUGGAUAAGAACCUGGCCGAGGAAGGGGUUCUGGAGGAAGCAGAGUUCUACAACAUUGCGUCCCUGGUGCGGCUGGUGAAGGAGAGGAUACGGGACAACGAGAACCGGACCUCUCAGGGACCCGUGAAGCACGUGUAUCGAGUGCUUCAGUGCCAAGAGGAGGAGCUCACGCAGAUGGUCUCGACCAUGUCGGACGGCUGGAAGUUUGAGCAGCUCAUAAGUAUCGGCUCCUCUUAUAACUACGGCAACGAGGACCAGGCCGAGUUUCUAUGUGUCGUCUCCCGGGAGCUCAACAACUCCACCAACGGCAUCGUCAUCGAGCCCACCGAGAAGGCAAAGAUCCUUCAGGAGCGAGGCUCGAGGAUGUGAGGAGACGCCGAGAUCACCUUUCAGCAACGAAAAAAAAACUAUAACGCAGAACUUUUCUCUCCCGUUUUCAUUGUGAUCCACAAGUUCACCCGUCCGCCAUCAGCACCCUGAGGCGACAGGGCGCCGACCUUCCUCUUUCUCCUCCUCCUCCUCCUCCUCCAUCAACGGAGUAUGAAAGGGAUUACAGGCGAGCGGGUUUCCUCAAAGCUCUCGCGAUGCUGGUGGACGCUCAGCAUAGAGCUUCUGCUCAUCUUCAUCAUCCUCAUCAUCCUCAUCAGCAGCAGCAUCACUUUUGCAUUAAGCUUAGUUGUCAGAAUUCCUCCUCACGACUCUGCGAACUUUAACCGUAUCCAACGAACAGGACGCCCCCCCCCGCCCCCGCUCCCAGCGCCUCCUUUCAGUCGUCCUGAACCUCCUCCUCUCCUCAUCUUCCGCAUCCUCGUCCUGCCCUGCUCCCAGCAGCUGGCCUCCGCUCGGUCGCCUCCGGGAAGAACAUUUGGGGAUAUUUCAGCUCGCAAAAAAAGAAAGAAAGAAGAAAGCAACUGACUCCAAAUGAACAAUUUAUGAACUGAACAUUUUAUGGAGGCCUGUGAGGAGCCUAUGUACAUCUAUAUCGGGUCACACUAGGAUGACCUUUUAUGAAAAUGGUGUAAUUACUGAUUUCUGUAUCCUGGUUCAUUUCCAUAUUUGCGAUGGCUGAGUUGACUUUAAGCGACGGGAGAGAAUAAGUUUCCAUGACCCCGAGGAAGUGUGUGCAGCGCCUCUCUGCUUUUUAGUGUCCACCGACACGAUUAAUCGGCUGCACGUGUUCCUCCUGCUUUGAUCUCUCGCAUAUCUUGACAAUUGUAAAUUAGAGGAAGAGGACAUUAUGUCCCAGAUCACUCGGCUGAGGUUCGGUUCUCUUCACGGUGCUGAUUUUAAGACGCGUAACGACUCUCCAUUAUCACUCUGAAAGUUUGAUUUUAUUUUUUAUUUUUUCAAAAUAAUUUAUUGUGAAAUGAACUGUUUGACAGUGAGAGAAAUGUGCAUUUACAAAAACUCAACAAAGUAACUUGAGAGCGAGUCGGAUAACUAAUUAAUACAUGAACAGAAGAUUAAGCAUUUUUCUCUUUUGCCUUUUGAGGAACUAAAACCAGGGAGUUUUUAUCUUUUUAAUUGAAUCAAACUGCCAAGAAUAUUAAGUUACUUUUUGUUUUUCGAGCAGCUUAACGCAGAGUUUCACACAUAUCAGACGGGAAACCUCAAACUUACAUGUUAGAUAUCUGAAAUGCAAAAAAAAAAAAGAA